CGGAAACUUGAAGCCAACUUUGAUAAAGACUAAAGGAUACGAAUGUCACUCACAUGACAUAGAAGUUUUUCAACCUCGAAUGAGUACAUAUCAUAAAGAUGACCAUCAGCUGAAUUCCUGUGUAAACUGUAAGAAUUCUGUGGUGGUUUUCACAUUUUCGAAAAGUUCACCUACGAACAGAUACUUAGCUUAUAUCCUGAAAGUUCUAUUGAUUCCAUAUCAUGUCAUUACUAUUAAUCACGUACAAACAAACAGUAUUUCAGCCUUCUUGAAAGUGCUUUCACAUACUGAGCGUAUUACUAUGAUAAUUUUUGAGAACUUUGCUAUUUACACUAAUUUACCACAAGGAGAAAGAUCUCAGGUUGAUAUUUUCUGCAGAAAGCACAAUGUUGGAGUUAUUGGAUUUUUAUUCGAUGGUGAAACCUUCACAACUGAAGCCGGCACAUGGUCUAAGGUUGGAGAGCUACCACUCUACAUCCAUCGACUUGAAAAGCCUCCUCAGGGGCUUUAUACAUCAAAGAGUUCACCACUGUUCAGGAUUACACGUCCCAACCGGAUGAAUCCCGACAUACUUGAUAUUCAGGAACAAAUUUAUGGCACGCAAAACAUAACACGCACUCAACAUGUUUGUUGUAUGGCAACGUUGGUUCCUGUUUCAAAUAAUGUGCAUUCAUACAGAACUAUUGCAUUUACCAAAACUGGUGAAUAUUUUGGACCUAUGUCAAAUUAUGACUCAUUACCGGUUAAUAUGAAAAGUUGUGAG